AUGGCUUUAUCGAGAUGUGUUAUUUGCGAUAAGCCCAACGUCAAAGAGUGCGCAGCUUGUAGAUCCUCUGCCUACUGUUCGCCAGCGUGCCAACAGGUUGAUUGGCCCUUACACAAGACACUCUGUAAGAAACUAUCGAUUCUACUGAAGGCUCCUCGACCUAAAUUCCCCGUAAGACUUGGCAUCUUGCUAUCCGCCGACGAUCCAAAUCCACAAUUCGUUUGGUAUACACCAGCUGCUAGGUCACCCAAUCACUGA